GUUCAUAAAAUCAAACAACAUCAUACACAAAAUAAAAUCACUUUUAUAGGUUUUGCGAUCAUUGAAUGUUGUGUUUUGGAACAUUAAAAAUGUUAUAUUAAGAAUCAAAAGUACAAUAGUGUAAAGUAAAGUAAAUGUGAGAAUCAGUAGGAAGUGAUUAGGAGCACAAAACCAGAAUGUAGCGCUUAGUCAAGUUCCAUAAUCGAGUUUUCCAAAAUAGUAUUAUCGAUCUUUGUCUUGAAGUUAAAAAGUGUUAUUUUUUUAAAAACUCAAAAUGUCAGUGGUUAAAGGAAAAGCUCUAAUGAAAAUGGAAGUUAUCCAGGUUGGUGAAUACGAAUUCACUAAACAAGAUAUAAUCGGACAUGGAGCCUUUGCAAUGGUGUACAAAGGAAGAAAAAGAAAGAAUCCGUCGCAGUCGGUGGCCGUUAAGGUGGUUACAAAGAAAGGCAUCCAGAAGGCGUCGGAGAUCCUCGUGAAGGAGAUCAAGAUCCUCCGCGAGCUGACUGCCCUCCAUCACACGAACCUCGUCGCCAUGCACGACUGCAUGGACAGCCCCGCAUAUGUAUACGUCGUCAUGGAGUACUGCAACGGUGGUGAUCUGGCGGAUUACUUACAAGCCAAUCGGCUCCUGAGCGAGGGUACGAUCAGAACGUUCUUACGCCAGCUGGCGGAGGCGAUGAGAGCUAUCCACGCCAAGGGCAUAGUUCACAGGGACCUCAAACCCCAGAACAUACUCCUGACACACAACGUCAUGCCGCCGAGGACGCCGCAUCCCACUGAAAUUACUCUCAAAAUUGCGGAUUUCGGUUUCGCAAGGUUCCUAGAAGAAGGUAACAUGGCAGUGACACUCUGCGGAUCACCUAUGUAUAUGGCGCCUGAAGUGAUAAUGUCUCUGAAGUACGACGCCAAAGCUGAUCUAUGGAGUUUAGGUACCAUAGUGUAUCAGUGCCUGACUGGUAAGGCGCCUUUCCAGGCGACCACGCCCCACGAACUUAAGGCAUUCUACGAGAACAGUGUGGAUUUACAGCCAAAAAUGCCGUCCGGUACAAGCCCCGAGCUCUGCAACCUUCUGAUCGGUCUCCUGCGUCGGAAUUCUAGGGAGAGGAUGCCGUUUGAGGUGUUCUUCAACCAUCCGUUCCUUCAGCGGCCGAGGACCACGUCCAUAACUAGUUUGGACACGGAUCUGCCUGACAUAUUGGACUGCGAUAUAGGCUGUAUACUAGAAGAGUCAUGGGACAGUCAGGAGACAAGUUCGAGCAGUAUGUUACCCACUACUUCAGUGGCCCGAGCUCCUAUGUCUCAACCGACGCUGCCUCAGAUCGGAGUUCUAUCUGGGGCGCAGCCCGCGGCCGAAACCAGACAGCAACCGCAACCCGUCCCUCAGACAACCAAAAAACAGCCAACUUCAUCAGCUGACUCCGCGGAUACAAUGUGGGCUGGGGCUGAGGACUUCGUGGUUGUAGAGGCGGAGAGCGGCUCGGCGGAUGGAUCGCACACAUCACACGGGUCGCAUGGCUCCUCCUGCUCUAACGGGUCGAGCGAGGCUGCGCCCCGUCCGCGGUCCCUGGCUCUCCCCGCGCCUCCGCCCUCGGACCGCAGCCCCGCCGCCGGACCCGCUCACACACACGCGCCCACACAGGCUAGAAAUCCACUGAUCGCGCCGUCGUCCGUGCCCCGAUCACAGCCCAUAGACGUCCUGCGUUCUAACCACAAUCGAAACACGAACAUUGGCUCACUAUCUCCGCCAACUGUUCCGUUCACUAUGGGGACUCCCCCUUCGACUCGACGACGAAGUGCUUCAGGGAGUUCCCCUCCCCCAUCACUAUGGCAGGUCUCGCCAACUAACGCCAGUCCGCUCAGACGAUCAGGUUCGUCUCCGCCCGUGUCCCUGGCGUUGAAGGCGAGCGGCGAGUCGUCCCCCAAGCGAGCCCUGCCGGACGUCCUCCUCCGGGGUCUCAAGCUCCACCACGACCCUCCCGUCUACAUACCGAACCUACAGGAGGAGACUAUACUGGCUGAGGAACAUAGUAAGGUGUUCUCUCAAUUAAACUUCGUGUUAAUGUUGUCUGAACUUCUGUCCGACCUGGCGUUAUCCUGCGGCGCUCCGCUGGCGGCUCUCAUGGACGCCUCAGACGAGCGCUGUAACGAGAGCGUCCGUCUCGGUCUCCUGGUCCAGGCGAUGCAGGCGCUCGCCGCCGGGCUGAGGCUCGCCGCCGCACACUACAGAUCACGGACGCUACAACCCACACCGCAAGUUAGGAACGUUGUGGCGUUGAUGAACGGGAAGUACAAAUGGAUCGUGAACGAGUCGCGCCGACUCCACGAGGCCGGCGUCACGCCAGCAGUCUGUGAUAAAAUACUCUACGAGCACGCCAUCGAAUUGUGUCAGAUGGCAGCCAUCGAGGAGUUGUUCGGUGACGUGAAGGAGUGUGAACGUCGCUACAUGUCGGCACAGGUGUUGCUACACUCGCUGGUCCAGAGACAUCCGCUACAUCCGCACCACCGCACCACGCUCUCCAAGUAUAGAGACGCAGUCCAGCGACGGCUCAACUGCCUCAAGGGGCCGCGGAAAAUUAUGGACGUUAAGUUAGAGGCUGGGAUCUCAUAAUGAUAUAAGACGUACAUAGAAAUAAGUACACGGAGGUCGCGACACGAAAAGUGAUUUUAUUUUGUUUCAUCGAUAAUGACUUGCAGUGAUAAAACUAUUAAAAAAGUGUAUAAAAGGUAUAAGUGUACGAUAUCAAGAAAUGUAGUAUUCAUAUAGAACGAGAUCGCUGCCCCUCGGCGAUCCAUAUAUCCAGAGAUUGCAAUAGUGACUUAUAUUUUUUUAUGUAUGUGUAGAGGUUUACUUGCAAGCAGUAGUACACGUAGCGGCCCCUAGAACAUUUUAGUGUAAUGUAGGAACCGCUUCGAGAUGAACGAAAUUAUAUAUAUAUACACACCUUACUUCCCCUGAUACGGUUGUAAUUUUACAAAUACAUAUAGUACAUUACAGAUGUGACACUGCACAUUGUUUUAAAAUAUUCAUUUAGUCAAAUUACACACUAGAGAGUUGUAAAACAUAAUUUAAUAAUGUAAAAAAUAAUAGUAUACUGUAUACAUACUGUAUGUUCUACGGCUUGUCGCUCCCACGGUAUGUAACUUACUGUAACUAACUAAUAUGUAGAGUGUUAAACGAAGUGAAGGCGAGGAAAGCACUAUCUCGAUAUUGACAUACUAUGGAGAUCUCAUUAAUUAUCGACCAAUAACCAUACGGCAUUUUUAGGUUAAGUUGCAAAUUGUUUUAAGUAUUUCCCAUUACAUAGUAUAAUAAUGCAGUUUGUGUUUUUUAAAUCGAAACAUAAAUCAUUUGUUUGCCAAAUUAUAAUGUCCAUAAUGUGUUUAAUUUUCAAAGAUAUUGUUCAAUGCUAUACACAAAUAAAAAUAAAGACUGUUGUAAUAUA